AUGGACUCCGCAGCACCUCCAAGGCGCUUCAAGCCCGAGCCCAUUGAGACGACGGUUUCGUCUUCAAAGGACAAAGCCAGGCAGGAGCCUGUUGAGGCGCCUAAGCCGCGAAGGUUUGCGCCUCAGCCCAUUGAGACCACUACUUCAAGUUCCAAAGCCAGACCAAACCGGAAAUUUAUACCCGAGCCCAUUGAGACAACUGCCACAAGUUCCAAGGUGCCGCGAAGAUUUGCACCCCAGCCUAUGGAAACUACGACCAGAUCGAAUCGCCGCUUUGUCCCUCAGCCUUUGGAAACGACCACAAGAAGCAGUCGUCAAAAAUUUGCCCGUGAUUGGGAAGAGCAAACAUCGCCCACUGACAAGUUCAAAGUCAAUCCCCUGGGCACAGUACCGAGAAAGCUACCUGUUAAGAGAUUCAGGCCCCAGCUGAUCGAGACUGCUCAGAGACACCGCAAAGCAGGUGACGACGAGCCUGUGUUGUUUGAUUACGAAAAGACAGAGGCCACUCCAGAGUCAGCCAUCAGUGCCCGAAAAGCAAGAAUACUAGGAAUCCCACCUACUCCACCAGUGAACACUCCAACAUAUGACAUGUCACAAAACCCCUUGUUUCUGGAGAUUCAACGCAACGCUUCGCCACUAAGUAGACGCCGAUCGUACUUUAGCUCUUCACAACAUUCAUUCCGCGUGCCAGACUUGGACCCCAUUGAAUCUUCCGAGUCCGAAGCAUCAACCCCGCCUUCACCCACCGAGUCACCUCCCUACAGGCCUGACCACUCCUUCAUGUACAAGGAGGCUACCCGACGGCGGGAGAGUGCCGACGGCACCUCUGCUGGAUACUUGCUUGAGCUGGCUGCCAAGGCUGCUGAGAAGCAACUUCGAGAACAAGCGUUGGCAGCAUUCCCUAACAGUGAUAUUCACGAGCCUGUGGCUCACUACGUAGAUCGUGACACAGAGGGUUCGGAGCCAUCUGUCACAGAGGCAAAGCCCCAAACAGAGCCAGAGGCAGAGCCCCCAUAUACUGUCGUGAACUGGGAAUUGGAAGCCAUGCGGAAAUACCAAGCAGAGCAGAUUGCCGAGAAAGAGAAGCCGAAGCCCACUGAAUACGUAAAGGCUGCUUUCAGCCCCUUUGGCAAUCCCGCAGGCUUUCUCGACGCUGCCACGGCUAGCAAGUUUGCAAAGGAACGCAAAGACCCCGAAUUGGAGCGCCAGCGAAGAGAAGCCCGUCCCCCUAUGCUCGGUCAAGAUAUUAAGUUUCCACGCUGCGAAUCUCCUGAGCCAUCUCGUUUCGAUCCUACCCAAGGAUGUGAUGCGGUUAGGACAGCCAUGUGCUAUCUCUCCGAGCAGUCCAAAGCUGCUUCUGAAAAAGGCGAAAGCCUGUGGUGCGGCAAAGGCAAUGGAAGACAAACAAGCACAACACCAUCCUUGUGGUCUACUGCCAACAGCCGCGCUUCGAGUACUCAUGGCUUGUGGGGCGGGUUCUGCGUCAAUGGCGGAGACAAGUCCCCACGCGGGCCAACUGGUCUUUUGACGCCCAACACAGAGAUACCAAAUCCCAUCUCACCUUACCCAACACCGUCUGCGAGUCUGUUGCCGCCUACUCCUCCAGCGUCUAGCUCAGGCGCAACAUUCGCGCCAUCGGAUUUUGCUGGCAUUGAUGAGAAGCUUGCUGUCGAGCAGUCAAUCGAAGAGGAGUUUGGCGACGAUUUUGUUACCCAAGUUUACAAUUAUCUAUCGCUGGGCUAUCCAUCCAUGGCGCGUCCAUUCGACACAGAGCUCUCCAAAAUUUCACACAUUCCUAUCUCCGAGUUACGGCAAGAUGACCAUCUCGCCAAAUCUCGCGGUUACAUUCGCCUUGGGAAGGACGGCAACUUGAAGGACUCUGAGAUUACUGAAGAAACGUGCAUGCGUUGGCGCGCGCUGCGCAUUUAUAUCAAGGAGUGGGCGAGACAGCAUCCCAACAUGGCUGACGAAGAUCUUACCAGCUCUUGUCAUGGCACUGCUGCCAUUAGAAGGGGUAGUUGGGCUCAGUAG